GAGAGAGGAAAAGGGUUAGAAGGGUUCACCGGUAGGAUUUGGUAAAGAAACUCCGACAUCCAAGUUAGUGAAGAUGGAUUAAGGGGAAAUUCGGGCAGAGUUUGACUAGGGUCAGAAUUGCAUACAUGUGCGAUCACUGUGCUCUCUGGAAGAUGGGCCCUUUACGAUAACUAGACCUUCCAGCAGCCCUUCAAUUCUCUUAAGUAAUUGGUUUGCCAAUCAAUCCAUGAGAAUUUGAAUAGAAGUUUUAGGCUUGUCGGUGACUAAGCCCUUCAGUUCAGUAGCCCCCAAUUCAAUUGGCCUGUCAGUCAAUCUAUGGGAAUUUGAAUAGAACCAAACUCUCCAAUAUAUGUAACAUUUUUAUUUGUAAGUUGAGCAUCUUCUGUCAUAUUUAUAAUCUGCAAUGUGACUGCUGAAGUUUUGGAAAUAUGGAUAGUGGUUUCAGUUAUGGCGAUUUUACUUUUGUUUGUGGCAUCUGAAUAGACGUUCUUGGAAAUUUUCUAGGAGGGAAAGGAAGCAGCAAGUAUAGGAAUCUGGCUGAAGAGAUACUAAAAGUUGGACAUGCUCAAAUUUCUGCUCAGGUUUUUGGAUUCUUUGAAUUGGCGGCUUCAACUGAGAACUUCAAUCCUGAUUGUCUGGUGGGCGAAGGCGGAUUCGGAAGGGUGUACAAAGGGUACAUAGAGAGCAUUGAGAAGGUUGUGGCUGUCAAGCAACUCGACAGGAAAGGAUUGCAAGGAAGUAGAGAAUUCUUUGCAGAGGUUCUGAUGUUAAGUCUGGUUCAUCACCCCAACCUUGUUAAUUUGAUUGGCUACUGUGCUGAAGGGGAUCAAAGAAUAUUAGUUUAUGAAUUCAUGGCCAAUGGAUCUUUGGAAAAUCAUCUUCUAGAUUUACCUCCAGAUCAUAAGGAGCCUCUGGAUUGGUAUACCAGGAUGAGAAUAGCUGAAGGAGCAGCCAAAGGGCUUGAAUACUUGCAUGACUUUGCCAACCCACCAGUGAUUUAUCGUGACUUUAAAGCAUCCAACAUAUUAUUAGAUGAGGAGUUCAAUCCCAAGCUCUCUGAUUUCGGACUUGCUAAGAUUGGUCCAACAGGAGGCAAGGACCAUGUGUCUACAAGGGUGAUGGGGACCUAUGGCUACUGCGCACCAGAGUAUGCUUCCACAGGUCAGCUGACAACAAAGUCUGAUGUGUAUAGUUUUGGCGUCGUGUUUCUGGAAUUAAUCACUGGUAGGAGAGCUAUUGAUACUUCAAGACACACUGAGGAGCAGAACCUAAUUACUUGGGCACAGCCACUGUUUAAGGACAGAAAAAAGUUUACAUUAAUGGCUGACCCUUUGCUAAGAGGAGAGUACCCUGUCAAGGGUCUCUAUCAAGCUCUUGCAGUUGCUGCAAUGUGCAUCCAAGAGGAAGCUGGCACCCGACCUUUGAUGGGUGAUGUCGUAACCGCUCUUGAGUAUCUGGCCAUGCCAAGAAACAAUGAGAGAUGUGCCACAGAUCCAUCACAAAACAGUGGAGGACAUGUUGAACUUGUGAUAGACGAACGUGGCAGUAGAGAGAUAGAGUGCUGUAGUAUCAAAGAGACUGAAGCUCUGGCAACUUAGGUGAUGAGAAAACAAACUCACGGCCUAAACUUUCAUAUAUAAAAGAUAAGCCCCCCCUGUAAAUGUCCACCAAUUUGUAAGUCGUUCAUAGUGUAAACUGUAACGGCAUGAUAUUAUGUGUAUCAACCCAUAGCUAUACCUAAUUUAGCAGUUCA